AUGAUUGGGAGGAGAUUGGAACACCCGAAUCACAUGAUUGGGAGGGGAUUGGAACACCUGAAUCACAUGAUUGGGAGGAGAUUGGAACACCCGAAUCACAUGAUAUGGAGGGGAUUGGAACACCCGAAUCACAUGAUAUGGAGGGGAUUGGAACACCUGAAUCACAUGAUAUGGAGGGGAUUGGAACACCUGAACCACAUGAUAUGGAGGGGAUUGGAACACCUGAAUCACAUGAUUGGGAGGGGAUUGGAACACCUGAAUCACAUGAUAUGGAGGGGAUUGGAACACCUGAAUCACAUGAUAUGGAGGAGAUUGGAACACCCGAAUCAUAUGACUGGGAGGGGAUUGGAACACCUGAAUCACAUGAUUGGGAGGGGAUUGGAACACCUGAAUCACAUGAUAUGGAGGGGAUUGGAACACCUGAAUCACAUGAUAUGGAGGGUGGGGCCAAUACUUUUGGCAAUAUCAUGUACCAUUAUUUUCAUGCAAAUA